AAGAACACAAGCCUAUAACUGUACGAUGAUAUGCAGAAACCAAGAGAGGAAUGAAAAACGUCAAGCUUUGAAUUCAGCAAAGCAUUCGUGGUUGUUGACUUGAACUUCGAAAUUAAAAUAGUAACUAGCUUUGAAUGAAUGAUAUUUCUACCACGUUAUUGACAUUUCUAUUCAAACCCCUUUAUUAAUCUCUUCUUGAUAUUUUCUUCUGAGAAUUCCACGACUGCUCCAACUUCUGAAGCUUGCUUCUCCUGAAUUUAUUUAUAUAUAACGUAAGACCACCGGGGGGUCAAGAUUGUCACACAUAAUAUCCUGCAGUCACAGCCUCACAGAUCAUAGCCUCCACUGUACUUUAUUGGAAUAUUAUUGAGAUUAGAUGAUAUGUCUUUUCUUUUUCUUUUUCUUUUUAAUUUUUUGAUGGGAGUAUAUAUAUAUAUAUAUGAUUAUGAUUGUUUGAUUGCCUGAAUUGUCCCCUUUUAUGCACCCUUCAGAAAGAGAACAAGUAGCUAGCAAUCUAAAGAUUAAAUAUUUUCAAUUUAUUUCAAUUUUAUAUUCAGAAACACUUUUCUGAAUAACUUUGAUCAGGUCCCAGAUUGCCUUCAUAAAAGCAAAGUGCAUCCAUUGGUGUCUGACAGUGUAUGGGUUUAUCGCUUUCCUUGUUAUCCUCAGCCUGGAAAGAGAUUGUCAGGCGCAGCAUGUUUUCUUUGGCGUACGACGUGUGUUUAAGCCCUAAACAUGAUGGUGUAACUUCGAGAUCACAUAGCUUUAAGCUAAUAAAUACAGAAACCACGACCAAGCCGAUAAAGUCUAAUACGAAUAACAUUAAGAAUUCAAGAAAGUUGAAGUACUGUGCACCUGUAACAGUAUCGCUGGAGCAAUCUUUGUCAUUCAAGAGUCUAGUUCAAGACAAGGGGGAAUUGGGUUUGAAUAGUUUCAAUGGAAGAGAUGGAUUGCUGCAGAAACAAGUGCCUGAAUUUUAUUUUUCACCGAGACCGGUAAGUGAGCUUGAAGCUGCUGCAGUUAAAGUUCAGAAGGUUUAUAAGAGCUACCGGACUAGAAGAAAUCUUGCAGAUUGUGCGGUUGUGGUUGAGGAGCUCUGGUGGAAGGCCUUGGAUUUUGCUGCUCUCGAGCGGAGUUCUGUGUCAUUCUUUAAUGAUGAGAAACCAGAAACUGCUGUUUCAAGGUGGGCAAGGGCUAGAACAAGGGCUGCCAAGGUGGGAAAAGGUUUAUCAAAGGAUGAGAAAGCUCAGAAGCUAGCCCUGCAACAUUGGCUUGAAGCUAUUGAUACACGCCAUCGAUAUGGUCAUAAUCUCCACUUUUACUAUGAUGUCUGGUUCAAAAGCGAGAGCAGCCAACCUUUUUUCUACUGGUUGGAUGUUGGAGACGGCAAAGAAGUAAAUCUAGAUAAAUGUCCAAGGCCCACUCUGCUCCUUCAAUGCAUCAAAUAUCUUGGACCGAAAGAAAGGCAAGCGUAUGAAGUAGUAGUUGAAAAUGGGAAGCUUGUUUACAAGGAAAGCGGAAUGCUGGUGGAUACACAUGAAGGUUCCAAGUGGAUAUUUGUGCUUAGCACGGCGAGGGCUUUGUAUGUGGGGCAAAAGAAAAAGGGUAGGUUUCAACACUCUAGUUUUCUAGCCGGCGGCGCGACAACAGCCGCUGGAAGAUUGGUUGCACACGAUGGGAUUCUUGAGGCUAUAUGGCCAUACAGUGGACAUUACCACCCAACAGAAGAAAACUUCAAGGAAUUCAUUAGCUUUCUCCAGGAAAACCACGUCGAUCUUACCAACGUUAAGAGGUGUGCAAUUGAUGACGACAGUCCUUCAAUAAAGGCAACUGAAGAGGAACAAAAACCAGAGUCUAUGUCGGGCCCCGCUGAUGUCUCACAGUUGAACGAUGCAAAUGCAACCUAUCAUCUAGACGCUGCCGCCAUCAUAACCGUUGAUCUAGCAGACAACACCAUCACUAACAGUAACAAUCCGCCGGCUACUGUAUUUGACUUGACCGCACGAUUGCCAUGCAAUUGGACCUCUGGGGCUGGGGCCCGGAUUGGGUGUGUGCGGGACUAUCCUAAAGGACUACAAUCAAAAGCGCUUGAACAAGUCAACCUGUCGCCUCGUGUGGGUCCUGGGCAUCUGGCUAACUAUGGCCCGGUCCCUUCUCCACGCCCGAGCCCUAAGGUCAGGGUCUCACCUAGGCUUGCAUACAUGGGAAUUCCCAGUCCUAGGACCCCAAUUGCUGUAGCUAACUAGUGCAUCAUUUCAUGCUCACCGAAGAAGAAGAUGACGGAGGGGAUUGAGGGACUAACUGUAUUCUUUACUCUCCAAGGUUUGGGGAUUUAAUCUUUCUUGAUUUAUUACUUCAUUUUUUUUUCCCUUCUUCUUUGAUGGCUUACUUGGGCCAAGUACUGUUAAGUGUUCGUGUUUUGUAUGUCUUGUAAUCAAGGAGUUGAUGUAGUUUUUUUCUUUUU